AUGGAGGAAUUCAGUACGAACAUCGACGACAAGCAACAGAGACAAUCAAAUAUCAACGUCGAACAACAGAAAAAACUGCACGUCGAGCGACAACAAAAACUGCAGGAGUGGUUUCCGCAUACACCAGCAGUAUUCUGGUCGAAAACAUGUGAAGAACACAAUGGCUUUUUCGGCAGCCACACUUCUAGCACUCUUAUCCCUAUUCCCGAAUCUAGUCAUGCAAGCUCCUUCACCGACCAAAUAACAACUUCAGCGGCUGCAGACCAUCAGGAACUCGUGUCCACGUACUUCCGUCUAAUCGUGAAGAUGCUAUCAUCUGCCAAAGCUCAAGCUCAAGGUUUUACAUCGGUCUCAAGUGGUGCUGCCGAUUAUGAAUGGCACGAAACGGGUUAUCUGAGUGCCUCCUCGGACACAAAGAACCUACUUCUCUGUUUCGACGUUCCUGCAGAUUCAAUCGCGAAUCUAUAUCAAACAAUGCCCAAAGCUCUCGAUCAAGUAACAGGUCCAUUUGCAUUGCACAUACUACUAUUGGAAGAAUUGGCGCAACUGUACGAUCGGAGCGUUUGGGCCAUGGCCAAAAAAGUCCGAGGGAUUGAGAAACAACGACUCUUAGAAUCAGGAAGGCGAGUUUCGACGACAUCUUCUCUCUCAUCGAGCUUUGAUCCUCCCGCCAACGACACCUCCAAACCAAUAGGACUGGUGCAACUUCGGAAUUCCGAAAACUUUGAACACCUCUUCGAGAUCUCACGACACCUGGCGCAUAGUGUUGAAACAACACAGAUUGCCACCGAAGUUGUGGAGCGCAUAAAAAAUGCCUGCGAAUACAUCCACCUCGCUCAAGGAACUCCAAUACUCGCGGCGAGAGUACAAAAACUGAAUUUCUUGCAUAGUUUAUUCAGGGGACUGUCUGCGAGGUCUGUGUCCAUUGAGAAGAGACUGACCAGUGAACAAGUGUUGCUUUCGAACGUGAUAUCUCAACGAGACAGUAAUGUCAACAAAGAGAUGUCUAACUUCAGCUCUCAAAUAGCACUGUCCGCCAAGGAAGACGGUGCGGCCAUGAAGACCAUCGCAGUCGUCACUUUGACAUUUUUGCCGGCGACGUUUGUCACGGCACUCCUCGGCAUGAACUUCUUUACCGUCGAUUCCAAAACACCUGGCGGGCGACUGACCUCGACGAAAGACGUGUGGAUCUUUUUUGUGAUCGCUGUACCACUUACAGUUAUCGUGUUGUGCAUUUGGUGGUGGUGGCAGAGGAGAGAAGUCAAGAGGCACAAUGCAGGGCGGUCUGAAAAGGAUGUGGAGGAUCUUGAGGACGCAGGUAGUUGA